GCAGCUGAAAGGAAGGAUACAAAAGGAUUCAGUCACUAUAAGGAAGUCACACUUUACUCAGAACGGGAAGUGAACGCUGUAUCUCUCCUAAAGAAGUCAGAAACGUUGACAGUCGAGGGCGAGAGAACAAGAGAGAGAGACGGAGAGGAACGAUGGCUGAAUUCAGACGGAUUCAAAUAACUUUAUUUGUGAUUCUGAUGCUCCAGUUUACAGCGAUAACUGGACAAAAUCCCCUCUCUGUCACUGUCAGAGUUGAAGAUGAUGUCACUCUGCCUUGUGAAAAUGUUAUAAAACAAAAGAACAACUGUGACCAAACUUUCUGGCUUUCUAGUCGUAAAGGGGGAGCAGCAGUAGAGCUGGUUAAUCUUGGACAGAUUAAAGAUGGGAUUCCCAAAGCUAAGUCAGACAGACUGAGUGUUACAGAGAGAUGUUCUCUGGUUAUGAAGAAUGUCACAGGUGAUGAUGUUAGACGUUACACCUGCAGACAGUUCAACAAAUCAGGACAACAACAAGGUCCAGAUGCUGAGGUUUUUCUGUCUGUUGUUUACUUGAUUGAGGAUAAGGGGAAUAAUACAGUCACCUUGAUCUGCUUUGUGUUGUCAUAUGAUAAGUGUGAACACUCAGUGAAGUGGCUGUAUGAGGGUGAUGAGAAUGACGUGAAGAUAACACCAGAUACCUGUUCAGCCAGAGUGUCAUUUCCUCCUCAUCUUCAUCAGAAGUUACUGAAGUGUAACGUGACAGAUAAGAAGAAUGGAAACACUCUGCUGUGUAAUGUCGGCCCCCAGUCCUCUUGUAAGAAAACAGGGGGGAGAAACAAAACAUCUGCAAAGGAUGGCACUCUAACCAAACAAGGUUAUUUGCGGUUCAUCAUUGUGUCUGUGGGUUUAGCAGCACUCAUAAUAACUGUUGUGGCGGUCAACAUAUGGAUGAGAACUAAAGGAAACAGAACCCAGAUGGAUGGCAAUGCUGAGCACCAUGAUGAAGAUGAAGGUACAGUGACCUAUGAAAACGUUGGAGAACCGUCUGCUUCUAUCAGACUCCACUGAUCAACAACUUCAACUCGUAAAAAGAAAUGAAAAAAAUGCUUAUAACGUAAAUUUUAGUAUUAGGCUAUCUUAUGUGUUGAGUCUUUACACCUCAAGUCUUGAAGUUUAAGUCUAACCCGUUUAAUAUUUUAGUCUUGAUGUUAAGAUUUUACUCAUUGCUUUUAAUGGUUAAGCUUUGCCUGAGUUAUUAAAUAUCUUUGUAUAGAAAAGAAAUUAGAAUGAGAGACACUUUCCUCAUCCUUUCAUAUACAGUGUUCCAUUCCCACCCCCAGUCUGACACCCCUGUUCUCUAGUCCCGGUGCAAAACAAAAUAAUCAACAUAAGGUGAAAACAACAAGAUACAAAACAAGGUACAAACGAAAAUAUCAAUACAGAUGUACUAAAUGUAAAUACACAGAGGGAAAAAAGGAAAUGUAAAGCAGUUCCCUGAGGAUAUUUAUGCAACAUGUAAUAACAUCACAA